AUGAUGUCUGACAACAGCACUACCCUGCCAUGGGUCACGAUUCCUUACAUCGCCUUGGAGGUUUUUAUCGGACUCUGUGCCAUGGUGGGCAAUAUACUGGUCAUCUGGGUGGUCAAGCUGAACCCCAGYCUGAGGACCACCACCUUUUUUUUCAUUGUCUCCCUAGCCCUGGCUGACAUUGCAGUUGGGGUGCUGGUCAUACCUUUGGCCAUUGUCAUCAGCCUGGACAUCCCAAUGCACUUCUACAGCUGUCUUUUCAUGUCCUGCGUGCUGCUGAUCUUCACCCAUGCCUCUAUCAUGUCCUUGCUGGCCAUUGCUGUGGACCGAUACCUGCGGGUCAAGCUCACUGUCAGAUACAGGAGGGUCACCACUCAAAGAAGAAUAUGGCUGGCUCUGGGUCUUUGCUGGCUGGUGUCCUUCCUGGUGGGAUUGACCCCCAUGCUUGGCUGGAAUGGGAAGCAAACCUCAAGGUACCCCCAGAAUGACACCUUGCUUCCGUGCUGUUUCCGUUCUGUCAUGAGCAUGGAGUACAUGGUCUUCUUCAGCUUCUUCACCUGGAUCUUCAUCCCUCUGAUCAUCAUGUGCACCAUCUAUAUGGACAUCUUCUACAUCAUCCGGAACAAACUCAAUCAGAGCUUUUCUGGCUCCAAAGAGACAAGUUUGUAUUAUGGCCGGGAGUUCAAGACAGCCAGGUCCCUGUUUCUGGUUCUCUUCUGGUUCGCUCUGUGCUGGCUGCCUUUGUCCUUCAUCAACUGUAUUUUGUACUUUAACAUUGAGGUGCCAGAGUAUGUGAUGCUCCUGAGCAUCCUGCUGUCUCACGCGAACUCCAUGAUGAACCCUAUCAUCUAUGCUUGCAAAAUCAGGAAGUUCAAGGAAACCUACCUUUUGAUCCUCAAAACCUGUAGAGUCUGCCAGUCCUCUGAUCCCACCAACCCAGGCACUGAGCAGAUUUCUGGUUGGGGCUUGAAGACCCAGCCGGCUGCUUGGGCCAUUCAGCCUGCUGGUUAUGGUUACCUGGAGCUAGAUGUCAUGCUCACCUUCUUACCAGUUUCCCCAGGACACCCUGCUCCUGAUUCCUGGGCUGAUCAGAUCGAAGGUCCAGUCAUGGGGCUCUUCAUCCUGCUCUCCUGGGCUCUUCUUUCAGAUGCCAUGGUCAUGGACAGAAAAGUGAAGGAAAGCUUCGUGCUAGGCACAGCUUCUGCCAGCUGCAAUUACGACGCCCACUAUAAGCAUCAUACCAAAUAUUGGUGCCGAGGCUAUUUCCGGGAUUACUGCCACAUCAUUGCUUUGACCCCCAACAGCACGGACCGUGUGGCCCUGAAGGACACAGGAAGCCAAUUCAUCAUCACUGUGUCCUGCCUGACCAAGGAAGACACGGGCUGGUACUGGUGUGGUAUCCAGCGAGACUUUGCCAGGGAUGACAUGGAUUUUACAGAGCUGAUUGUGACUGACAGCAGAGGAGGCCAGGCCAACGAGUUUUGGUCUGGAAAAGACUCACCAGGCAACAAGAACAGAAGCUGCAGGGCUUCCAGAAUCAUCCACAAGGCCGACCGCUCCAGGAUGUCCAUCCUUAUCAUUUGCGUACUGCUUACCAGUUUGGGGAUCAUCUUUAUAAUCAGUCAUUUGUCCAAGAGAAGGAGAAGUCAAAGGAAUAGAAGGGUAGGCAACUCUUGGAAGCUCCUCCUAUUUGUCCUGACUCCACAGGAAAUGGCUCAUACUGAACAGAUGUGA